UCGCGCCGCCGCCGGAACCCGCCCCCACUUCCGCCAUAGAGAAGCGCCGCCGCCCGGCCUCUCUGGGAGCCAUCGCGGGGGGAGGGAGGACCCGGCCGCGUCGGCACGAGCCUCGCGAUGGAGCGCCGUGGAGGACUGAGGCUAAAGGCGAGCGGCGCUUUCCUCGGCAUAGAGGCAGCGGAGUGGAAAGCGGGCAGGCUAGAGCGGCCGCUCCCCGAAGCGGCGGUCUCUCUCACCUGGCACCACAGAGAGGCGGGAGGCCUCCAGCCGGGAAGUGGGGGGGCUGCUCCCCAUUGGCCGACGCUGGGUGAUCCCCAUGACGUCACCGCGGCGGGGGGUUAGGGCGGCUCUGCCCAGCACAUGGCGCCCCGACGUGGGGUACGCCCCAAAAAAAGCACUCCGAAGUGGGGCGCAUCCCAAAAUGGGACACCCCUCGUCAAGGGGAACCCUCAAAAAGAGCACACCGGUAUGGGGCACCUCCAAACACUGUGAGGUGGCAAACACGGGGUCCGCAAGCACAGAGGACGCCCAGAAUGGGAGCACCCCGAGUGUGAGGCACCCCUAAAAUCGAGAGUCACGCAUACUGCGCCCCCAGCGCGGCCCGCUCCCAAAAUGGAAGCACCCCAAGUGCCGAGGGCCCAAAGCAUUCCCCAGGGCGCCCCAGAGAGGGGCUACCCCAUGCAGGAUCGCCGCCCGAGGGCCCUCCUCGAGGUCGCCUCUCGUACCCCUCCCCCCAUCCACGUCUUCCCUCCCCUCCCUCCUCCUUCCAGCCAUGCCCCCUCCCUCCAUCUCCCCCUGCACCCCCUCCCCCUCCCUCCGUCCUGUGCCCACCCCUCUGCCUCUGCACCACCCCGCCCGCAUCCCUGCCCACAUCCCCGCAUCCCUGCCUCUAUCUGCCCGCAUCCCUGCCCGCUGCCUGUAUCCCUGACCUGCUCCCUGCCUCUAUCCCUUCCCACUGCCUCUAUCCUUGCCCGUAUCCUUGCAGAGCCCCUGCUCGUGCCCCCGUCCGGCUGCCCAUGCCCCCCCGGCGCCCCCAGCCCCGCUGCCUGGCCGAUUUCUUCUCCUACGAGACCACCAAGUCGGUGGUGGUGAAGAGCUGGGUGGUGGGCGUCGUCAACCGGGUCGUGCAGCUCCUCAUCCUCUCCUACUUCAUCGGCUGGGUGUUCCUGCAUGAGAAGGCCUACCAGGUGCGGGACACUGUCAUCGAGUCCUCGGUGGUGACCAAAGUGAAGGGCAUCGGGAAGUAUGGCAACCGCGUCCUGGACACAGCUGACUACGUCACCCCCCCACAGGGCACUUCGGUGUUCGUGGUGGUCACCAAGCAGAUCCUGACGGAGAAUCAGGAGCAGGGCAUCUGCCCGGAGAGUGAAGCCGCAUACCGGUGUGCAUCCAACCGUGACUGUCAGGGGAAGGGCCGCACCACAGGCAGUGGUGAGUUUUGGAGGGGGAUGGAGAUCCCAAAAACCAUGGAGUUUGAGCCCACCCGCAUUAUUGCCACAGGGGUGCUGACGGGACGCUGCGUCCCCUACAAUGUGACCCUGCGAACCUGUGAGAUCCGGGGCUGGUGCCCACCCGAGGUGGACACCGUCGAUGUCCCCGUGAUGCUGGAGGCUGAAAAUUUCACCCUCUUCAUCAAGAACAGCAUCCGCUUCCCGCUGUUUGGCUUCGAGAAGGCCAACCUGCCCCCCCAGGUCAGUGCAGGAGAGCUGCAGCGCUGCCGCUUCCAUCCUGAGCAGCAGCCGCUGUGCCCCAUCCUGCGGCUGGGCGACGUGGCACGCUUCGCCGGGCAGGACUUCGCCUCGCUGGCUGCCACCGGCGGGGUGCUGGGCAUCAAGAUCGGCUGGGUGUGCGACCUGGACCGCGCCUGGGAGCUGUGCCUGCCCCGCUACUCCUUCACUCGCUUGGACAGUGUCACCCAGCACAGCCCCGGCUCUCCUGGCUACAACUUCAGGCACGCACGGUACUAUCGUGGGCACAACGGCACCGAGCUGCGCACCCUCACCAAGGCCUUCGGCAUCCGCUUCGACGUGUUGGUGUAUGGCAACGCUGGGAAAUUUGGCAUUGUGCCCACCCUCAUCAACACGGUAGCUGCCUUCACCUCCAUCGGCGUGGGCACGGUGCUGUGCGAUAUCAUCCUGCUCAACUUCCUGAAGGGCGCCGAGCACUACAAGGCCCGCAAGUUUGAGGAGGUCAGUUGGCUGCUGGGUACCCUAUGGAGGGGCAAUCCCAGAGCCCCUGAGCACCCUGGGUGCCACGGCUAUGGGACAGGGAGUGACCUUAUGUCCAUCCCCUGUCCCACAGGUGCCAGAAGCCAGUGCACCCCCAGCCCCUGCCAGCCCCACGGGCUGUGUGCCAGGAGCCCUGGGGGACCAGAGCCGGGAGAAGCAGUCCACUGACUCAGGCACCUUCUCCCUGGGCCUCUAGCUCUGGGUGCCAUGGCGCAGUCCCUGUCUGCAUUUGGCCCCAUGAUCUCUCCAGAGCCCCCCAGUCCUACUCCUUACCCACACUGUCACUUGGAUGGAACAGGGGAGGUGUAUGGGGUGUGAGUGUAACGUGUUCCCGUGCUUCUAUAAGGCCACAGCAUGCAAAGCCCCCAGCCCCAAGGUGAGGAGCAGGAAUGGGGACAGUGGGGGGACACAGCCCCAAGCUGCUGAGAUUGGCAUGGGGGUGGGUGAGGACCAGGGGGUAGCUGUGGGAACACCAGGAAUGGG